GGACCUGAUGAAAUACACCCACAGUUAUUAAAAUAGCUUACUGGUGUACUAGCAAAACCAUUAACAGAUUUAUUUAACCAAUCAUUGUUAACAGGAGUAGUCCCAGAAGAUUGGAAGUUAGCGAAUGUUGUGCCUGUUCACAAGGAAAAGGUCGUAGGGAGGAGUCAUGCAACUAUAGGCCAGUAAGCCUUACUUCAGUAAUGGGGAAAGUGAUGGAAACCAUGUUAAAGGAUAGGAUUGUUGAACAUCUAAAAACACAUGGAUUUCAAGAUCUGAGACAACAUGGGUUUACUUCAGCCAAACUAAUCUUAUUGAUUUUUUUGAUUGGGUAACUAAAAUAAUAGAUCAGGGUGGUGCAGUAGACAUUGUUUACCUAGAUUUCUGUAAGGCUUUUGACACUGUCCAACAUAGAAGGCUUAUCAAUAAACUGCAAUCUUUAAGUUUGGAUUCCAAUAUUGUUGAAUGGGUAAGGCAGUGGCUGAGUGACAGGCAACGGAGGUUUGUAGUCAGUGGAGUAUAUUCGAAGCAUGGGCUUGUCACCAGUGGGGUACCUUAGGGAUCUGUACUUGGACCUAUUCUCUUUAAUAUUGUUUAUUAGUUAUAUUGUAGAAAGUCUUGAGGGUAAGGCAUGUCUUUUUGCUGAUUAUACGAAGAUAUGUAACAGGGUUGUUCCAGGAGGGGAAAACCAAAUGGCAAAUGAUUUAGGUAAACUAGAAAAAUGGUCAGAGUUGUGGCAGCUGACAUUUAAUGUGGAUAAGUGCAAGAUAAUGCAUCUUGGAUGUAAAAACCCAAGGGCAGACUACAGAAUAAUUGAUAGUCUUAACCUCAUCAUCCAAGGAAAGGGAUUUAGGGGUGAUUAUUUCUGAUGACUUAAAGGUAGGCAGAAAAUGCUAGCAGAAUGCUUGGUUGUAUAGGGAGAGGUAUUGGCAGGAGAAAAAGGGAAGUGCUCAUGCCAUUGUACAGAACACUGGUGAGACCUCACUUGGAGUAUUGUACGCAGUACUGGAGACCAUAUCUUCAGAAAGAUAUUGAUACUUUAGAGAGAGUUUAGAGAAGGGUUACUAAACUGGUUCAUGGAUUGCAGGAUAAAACUUAGCAGUAAAGGUAAAAAGAACUUAACAUGUAAAGAAGAAACUACCACAACAAGAGGACAUAGUCUUAAAGGACCACUAUAGGCACCCAGACCACUUCAGCUCAAUGAAGUGGUCUGGGUGCCUGGUCCAGCUAGGGUUAACCCCCUUUUUUUUUUUUUUUUAUAUAAACAUAGCAGUUUAAUAAAAACUGCUAUGUUUAUAAUAGGGUUAAUCCAGCCUCUAGUGGCUGUCUCAUUGACAGCCACUAGAGGCGCUUGCGUGCUUCUCACUGUGAUUUUUCACAGUGAGAAGACGCCAGCGUCCAUAGGAAAGCAUUGUGAAUGCUUUCCUAUGGACUGGCUGAAUGCGUGCGCGGCUCUUGCCGCGCAUGCGCAUUCAGCCGAAGAGGAGAAGAGGGAGGAGAGCUCCCCGCCCGGCUCUUGAGAAAGAGGUAAGUAUAACCCCUUCCUUCCCCUAGAGCCCGGCGGGAGGGGGCACCCUCAGGGCACUAUAGUGGUCCUUUAAAUUAGGGAAAAGGUUUAAAAAUAAUAUCAGGAAGUAUUACUUUACUGAGAGGGUAGUGAAUGCAUGGAAUAACCUUCUAGCUGAAGUGGUAGAGGUUAACACAGUGAAGGAGUUUAAGCAUGCAUGGGAUAGGCAUAAGGCUAUCCUAACUAUAAGAUAAGGCCAGGGACUAAUCAAAGUAUUUAGAAAAUUGGGCAGACUAGAUGGGCCGAAUGGUUCUUAUCUGCCAUCACAUUCUAUGUUUCCUGAUGGCGAUUGUUGUAUAAUGUUCUGCAGUAGUUGUGAAAGGCACAUGCUAUGUCUCUGGGAAAUUGAGUAGCAUCUCAAUAGGUUAAUCAUGAAAUCCGCGUUCAGAUGUGAUUUUUAGAUAAAAGGUGUGUGUGUGUUCAAUAUAGAUCUAUAUAUUACAUAUGUGUUUUAUAUUUUGUGCAUAUAUAAAUGCCAAAGAUAUUAAAGAACAAACAAAAAAAAAAAUUUAUUGGCAGUGGCUACUGUUUUUUAUUUUGCAUGCUAGAAUAAUGUACAGAAGUUUAUUUUUAACAUUGCCAUUCCUCUAAGGAAACGAGUCUCUGCACUUUCUUGGGUCAGUGAAUGUUAACUUUUGCUAUAUGCCUCAGCGAUUGCCCCCUUUUUUUUUUUUUUAAAUCUUGGUUUUUAGACUGUGUGCUCAACGUUGGCAAACAUUGAUGUCACGCAGCAUUGCCUGAUCUUCUAAAGCCUUGCUGGAAAAUGUAUUUUUGGACUUUCAAAGCACUUAAUGUUCAAUGGGGCUAAUAUGCCUACCCCAGGCAAGUUCAGAUCGUGAGUCAUUUUAUCAGGAAUAAAGCAAAAUGCAAGUGUACGUUUUAUUAUGUGAAGAAUAACCCAGCAUGUUGUCAAACGAGCUGAGGUCAGUCUGACUUACACCAUAGGAAAAUGUUAAAAUGUGUUGAAGUUAGAUUGGGAUUAAUAACAGUCUGAACGUAUUUGCACUGCAGUACUCGAAAGACAUUAUCUGUAAGGAAACGCAGAACUUUACCUUCAACACAAAGGCAAUAAGCAAGUAGGUUGCUCUUAUCCAUGUCUGGGUUUGAAGAUCGAAUAGUCCUUUCUGUGGCUGUCCUUUUUCUUGUUAACUCGACUGUGAGUUUAUUAUUUCAGGGUUGCGGUUUAGUUACAAAUGGAUAACAUUUUGUGAUACAAUUCAAUAUAUGUUGAACAGAAGUUGACAACAGUCAUGAACCAGGGAAUAAAUAUAUUUUUUAUUUUUUUUUGCUUUUUACCUAUACAUUGUUUUGAUUACCUGUAUUUAAAAACAACAACAACAAAAAAACCAUACCAUAGAGUUGAUAUCAGUACAAGAAAUGUGAUAACUAAAAUAUAUUACCCAUAUGGUCAGCCAAUUAACGGAGUUUGUGAUUAGCUUGUUAGGAUGACUCCUUGAUCAAACAAGUAUAUUACAUAAAUGUCUCCUCUGCCUCAAAUGAGCAAUUAUUACAUUUAGAACUCUAAAUCUUAAGGAAUUAUAGGCACAAAAUGUACCCAUCUUCGGGCAAAAUGAAAUGUGGCACUCCUCAAUUUAUAAAAAGGCACUUGUGUAAAUAACAUUGCCCCAGUAUGACCUACUACAGUGUUUGCCUUCACACCUGCUAGGGCCUUGGUUGGAGACCUUAGUUUCUACAGCUAUAUCUAUCUGGAAUAGACAAGGCUCUUGCCAUUGUCUUACCAGGUGUUGGUUUAGUAGAAAAAGGUAAUUACUCUACAGUUAUUCACCAAUCCCUUAAUGCUGAACAUCAAUCAUUACAUUUCAUGUGCUUUCAUAGGUUAAAUGUUUUAAUACUUUUUGACUGUUAGAGCACCUGCUUUUUAUGAAGUGACCUUCUGGCAAGACUUAUUAUAAUUAGUGUGCCCCAGAAGUAGUCAUUAGCAAGAGGUCACGCAUAUUUUAAAAUAUUGUUCUGUUUAUGGGCAAAUCCUAAUCAGUUAUUACUUAGUAUUCCUCCAUGAUCUGGAAACAUAUUUGAAAACUGGUAUCACCUUAUCUACUUUUACUUUUAAUCCAGGGUGCUCACAUCAGAAGUCUCAUUCGUGGUCUUCAGAACUAGUUUAAUUUAUAUUUAUUUUUAAAAUAUUUUACCAGGAAAGAUACAUGGAUUUAAGACUGUCUGAGCAUAGAUAAUGUAUUCCAGAACCAGGACUAGUCCGCAAUACCAUACAGAGGAAUUUGUUAUUGUCCAUGAUUAAUAGCUGUGUUCUGUGUCUUAAUAUACACACCAAUCCCAUAUACAGACACACGCAGAGGGGCAGUGAAGCCCAUGUGUAAUGGAGAGCCAUCAUGCUGUGAUAAUGCAGAAUUAAAGCACACAUUAUAAUAUUCUAGAAGAUGUAGGAUGAGAACGGUGCAUAAUGAUCAUUAUUUAGGCUGAAUAUGAUCUUGCCAAUAUGUGUCCUUUUUCAGAGUAGGAGAACUCCAAUCAGUCAAUGUCAGCGUAAAUGCUUUUACAGUGUGAGGCCCAAUUAAUCACAUUUCUAAAGUUGAUGAAGCGUAUGUAGGACAGCUGAUUAUCACUCACGCUAUUUAUUUAACUUUUUUUUUUUAAGUAGUCCUCGUCCACAGUACUUUACAAAGCUUACUGAUGAAUCAAAUGAGUAAAGAGAGCUGCAGUAUUGGUUGCAGUGUGAAGAAAUAUGAUGGUAUCAGUUACAUAUUAUGUAACUCCGGAAUUAAAUCUGUUAAGACCACUCUCAUUGUACUGGUCAUAGGUGUUGCUAGAGAAAUGUGGGGGCUAAAGCUUCAGGUAUUGGAUUUCUAUAGGGAGUGGACAGGGCUGGAGGAUCAUGGCCGAAUUUGCUAUAAGCCUACCGAAGCUUCAGUGGAGCAGGCUCCCUCACAAGCUAAGCCCGCUCUCUAGCAAAGCAACCAGGGCCAAACAAAUGGGGAAUCUACUUCAUCAGCCCUUAUACUUCUAUUGCAUUGCUGCAACACUGAUGCGUUCCCCAGCGCUGUCUGACAAAAACGUCUGCAAUGACAGGCAGUGGUGUAUCCUGGUUGUGUGCUGCCCUAGACGGCCUUGAGUACCUUAACAACCGGGUUAGCGAUAGAUGUGGGGACAUCCCUUCAAACUCAUCAUUAAAAAAAAAUUACCAAACCUACACUUUGCACCACGUCGAGGACAUGAGGGACUUUGCUAAACACAUCAGCAUCUCCCUGCUCUACUUGCAAAAAGAAACGGCCAACACCGCACCUCAGAACGCCGGGCAAAACAACGGACACUUGCCUCUGCCACCUCGCCAGCACACUAAGAAAUGUCUACCGACUACACCUAAAGGCCCGUCUCAAGCAGCCGCCUGUACUGCUUGGAUGAAAGCACGGGACUCCAGUCUCGGCUACACCAACCUUUACCAGGGUUUUGCCCUGCAAUGUUGGUCUUAGACCAGUUAGCCAAUUGAUGUACCUAGUUCAGUUAAUUGCACCUGUAACUCUCUAGCACUGGGGGCCCAUCAUUAUUUUCUCUCCAGACCCAUACUAACUGCUGGGUCGCUAUCCCAGACCAUGGGGACCCCGACCCAAGUUGUGUGAUAGUACACCUUAGUCCGAGUCACAGGCGCAUGUUACUAUCUGUAAGAGGGAAAGAAUACACCAGGUUUUUGUUCCGCACUACCGGUCUUAGACCACCCACGAAAUGUAUGUACCAGACCUACCCCAAGCAUACAGACCCUGAAUCUCGUUACCUACAUGCGCUGAAGAUCACCCUUACCGAGGUGAAAUCGCCUUACUGGCAUGACCGCUAAAACAGGCCCUCAAUGUUCCUCCCCACAAAAACUGCACUGUAGUACAGUAUGCUUAACCUGUUAUGCAUAUAGUGAUGUGACUGUAUCAGGUAAUCACUAGGGAUCGACCUAGAUAGUCUGUAUUUUCAGCAAUAUCUGAAUCGGCCGAUACCGAUAUUGCCGAUGAUGCAGGCCAGGGCUGCCAUCAGGGUCCUGUGGGGCAGCCCUGGCCUGCAUCGGGGGAGCUGAAGGGAGCUGCUGGGAAGGUAAGUAAGAGUGUGCUGGGCCCCCUCUGCACAGUCCAUGCCAUCAGACCACCAGGGAAUGGCAUAUCCCCCCUCCCUGGCCAGGUAAGCAGCAGGGAGGGGGGACUAAAACAUCAUUUAAAAAAAUACAUAUUUAAAAAAAAAAAAAAAAAUGCCCCCCUCCCAUUUUACACACUUAACAUACCUACACAAACACACACUCUGCAUUCAUUAUAUACAUGCUACACAAACACUCACACACUCUGAAUUCACUAUACACACACUGCAUUUGUUAUACACAAACACUCACGGCACAAACACACUCAUACACACACACAUUCUUGAAAACAUUCUUGAAAACCUAAAAAAUUCUUACUCAUGUAUAUUUUGUGCAUUUACCUUAAUAAAAAAAAUUUGCAAAAUAAAUAAUAAACAUGUUCAGUUAACAGUAGAUUUGUGUAGAAAUAGUUAAAAAAAAUUUUUUUAUGGUAAAUGUACAGAAUAUCGGUAAGUUAUCGGCCUGAAAAUUCACAGAAUAUCGGCAUCUGCUCUAAAUAAAUCAAUAUCGGUCGAUUGGACUAUAAUCAAAACACAAAAGGCGCACAAGGGUAUAUUACAUAUAAUGCGACAAACCCUGACAUCAAUUGACUGCCUUGCCUGGAGAGGAACACGACGGGAAAGGUACACCAACCAGCAAGAGGCCGAUAAAGGAAAGAAUAACGGCCCCCGAUACCACAAAAAGCCCACUGUGGGCUCCUGCCCCGUCCCUUACCCACCUCCCCUGCCAAAACACUUCACGGAACACACCGACCCUUCCCCACUGACCCACCCCAAUUACUAUCAUCAUUUUCUCUGUUAUUCAACUGCUCUAAAAUGUUGUUUAAUGUUACACAAUGCUAUAUACACCACGGAAUAUCCAAGGAGCUACAUACUCCGCAGACGCUCCAUUGACACCAUGGGCAAAUGUACAAACCCGCAGCACAAUGUAAAUGACGGGAAAACCUAUGUACCAAAUGGAUAUGUAUCACACACAGAUUAAUGUUCUUAUACGCUGUGUAAUUUGUGUUAGGUUAUGAAAAGAUACUGUUACUGUUUUAUUUUUUUCUCUACCUUGAAAAUGCAUACAAAUAAUAUAAUUAAAAAAAAUAAAAAUUAUAUAUAAUAUAAUUACAUUGCAACAUUGUGCAAAACUGGAGAAACUGCAAAACACUGUAGAAUGUUUAAACAUUGAGAAAUUUUCUGUGUGAGGGAAGGGUGUGCUAUAUUUAUUAUUUUUUUAAUGUUGGGCGCAUGCAAUCGCCCCUAUGGGAAGGGGGUAGUACCCAUGCCCUCCAGGUGAAUCUGUGUAGAAAAGAGUUAAAAAAAAAAAAACACUUCUUCUAUAUCUCUAUUUUUUUUCUUCUUGUUUGGUGGCUCGCCGUGAUACUAUACAUGUAUCAUAUUUCUGUGUGUCAGAAAAAUCAAUGCACAUAAAGCUUGUUUUCUGUAUGUAUGUUCUGCUUACAAUUACUAAUAUUCAAUCCGUAAGGAUUGCUGGGGAACAGCAUUGUGUGCUUUGUUUCCACCUAUGUUUUCAUUGGUUCGUUUAAGAUAAGGGGACAUAACAUAGAAAAGCAUGGAUAUGUCAUAACUUAUCUCUACCUCUCAGUGAAAGGGUCAUCGAGUUUUCCUUUGAGCUCAAACCUAUGAUGUUUCUGGAACCUAGCAAAGCCCUGGGAUAAGUGGAUAUGGAUAACUUCUCUAACCACACGUGUUAAAGGAACACUCCACACACCUUGAGCACAUAAAGCUUGCUAGAGUGCUUUACAUGGCUGCAGUCUGUCAUUUUCUUGAGCGUUUAUGAAAGUGCUGAUUUCAAUAGAAACUGGCACUUUUCAUGUUGGUGUCAGAAACCUCUACCUGGCUGUCGGAUUGCCAACCAGUUUCUGUUCCUUUAUCAUUUACGCCACAGAGCUAAUGGAAGCGUCGAACACACUGUGCCUUCCUGUCUCUUCUCCCCCCUCAAUGAGUAUCCCCCAGCACAGUCUGUCUGAAAAAGAGGGAGGGCAUGCCUAGGCUGCAGACAGCCGGUGUGCAGCUUUGGGGUUAUACCUACUAAAUUGUUAAAAUAUAUAUUUAAUUUUCAGUAAAUUAUUCCAUUAAUUGCUCUCCCUUCGUGUCCUCACAAAAGUUUAAAUGGUUUUAGCUAUACACCAAAACGGCUAUACUAAACUAAAGCUUAGAGCACCUCUUUUAAAUGCUCAGGGCAUGGGAUUGAGACAGGUCUGUCAGUCAGAUUGCCACCAUGACUUCUACUUUUUCUGUGAGAGCCAUUAACUUGCCCCCAUUAUGGCCCAAAUACAUUCCUGUUUUUAUUAUACUUCCUAAUGUAGGCAGGUAUGGUUUUAUCUAACCGGGUUAUUCAAGAAGGAGAGAAUUAAAUGUGAAAUUUAAAUCUAAGGCCGGAGUUGCCAAAUUUAAAGAUUUUUUUUCGAGUUUGGCUAUUUUGACCUGACAUUUUAAAUUCACUUUGAAUUCUCGCUAUACUUAAAGGACCACUAUAGUGCCAGGAAAACACUCUUUUUCCUGGCACAAUAGUGCCCUGAGGGUGCCCCCUCCCGCCGGGCUCUGGGGAGAGUAAGGGGUUAAAAUCUUACCUUUCUCCAGCGCCGGGCGGGGAGCUCUCCUCCUUCAUAGCGACGUCAUCGGCUGAAUGCACAUGCGCGGCAGGAGCCGCGCGUGCAUUCAGCUAGUUCAUAGGAAAGCAUUUACAAUGUUUUCCCAUGGACGCUGACGUCUUCUCACUGUGUUUUUCACAGUAAGAAGCACGCAAGCGCCUCUAGCAGCUGUCAAUGAAACAGCCACUAGAGGCUGGAUUAACCCUAUUAUAAACGUAGCAGUUUCUCUGAAACUGUUUAUUUAAAAAAAAAAAAAAAAAAAGGGGUUAACCCUAGCUGGACCAGGCACCCAGACCACUUCAUUAAGCUGAAGUGGUCCUUUACUAACACUGUAAAUGGAAUUUGAACUGAGCAUUCUAAAGGGGAAGAAGAGAAGAUGCAGAGGUUUCCAGGACUUUUGGAUUUCUCCAGUGGGAAAGAUUAGACCAUGACCACAUUGGGUAAAAUUAAUGUCGGGUAGAUUGGAACUAAACAUGGAGUGUGAGCCCUGUGACUCAAUGUAACCUAAUGUAACCUUGUCUUUCUGUAGAUGGUAAAAACUCCAUGUAUUCACAAACAAACUGCACCCAGUAAUGACCAGACACAAGGUCCUCACCAUUUUUUUUUUACAUUUUUUCCCCCACAGAACAAUCGAUGCAUUCCUGCAGCUCUAGACAACUAUUACGCCGAACAAGAGCCAAGUGCCCAAGGAAAGUUUUACACAGUUAUAAAUCACUACAACCUUGCCAAGCAGACCAUCACACGCUCAGUAUCCCCGUGGAUGACGGUCCUCUCAGAAGAAAAGCUCUCCGAACAAGAGACCGAGGCCUCUCAGAAGUCUGCUUAGCUUGACGAAUACAUUGUUUGCAAAGCGAGGUGAAUGCAACCAGAGGACUUAAACAAAAACAAAACAAACUUCAAAAUAACAACAAAAUUAAACAUUAACUACUUUUCUGCCUCUGACAGUUAAGCGGUUAAUCGUAAUGUAGAGAUUACUUGUAUUUAUAGUAAGAAAACGCUUGUUUCCUGGUAUUGCUGUGCCUACAUGACUGUACAGACCAUUAAUGGAUACAUCAUCUCCUGGCAUAUCAUUUCAGUUAACUUCAGACCAUGGAAACCGCUUAUAUGGGAGUGUGUUUUCCUUUAAAUGACACUUGAAUUCAAUACAGGGGUGUAUGACAGUACAGAUAUAUUACACAGGGUAAUUUGUAUCCCUUAUAUUCAAAACUGCAACAUUAGAAGGGGAACUAAAGUUCUUUUAAGAAAACAUUUGAAAAUUGGUCCAAAUGUUAUGUAAAAUAUGCAUAUACAAGGGCAAACGUGAUCGCUAUUGAAAGACAUAACAAAAUGCAUAUUUUUAUUAAGGGAUUUCGAAAACUUUAUCAGGAACUACAGAGUACUGACAAAGACAUUUAAUUUUUCCCACAAAGCUAUUUUUGCAGCCGGUUAGUUUUAGUUAUAUUUUAAAUGCCAAUGUCAAUUCUUCACAACUCAUGAUUUAGUAAAUAAGCCCAUAUAGCGGUCAUAAAAUUAAGGGUAUACAUUCGCAGGUACAAAUAAUUUUUGGUUAACCCACCCCUGUUUAAGAUCUAUUACAGUGUUAAAUUUAAAUAACACAAGAAUUCCAAAGGUACACAUAAAAGAGAAUAAUACACUUUUUUUGGAUAAGCAGAACAAUAAAUACAAUACUAUAUUGGUCUCUAUAGAAUGCCAUCAUCCAUAUUUUGUAGAGAUACAUAUAGGCGUUUAAAAUAGCCCUGUGUUUGCAAACAAAUACAUCGCCCUUGUAGAUUACGAAAUGAACUUUUUCAAUUUGAUGUUUCUCUAGUAGUGACAUAGCAGCAUAUUUUGUGAGUUUUGACACCUGUGAUGAAAAUCACUAAACUUUUUUGAAAAUGCAUCACUGAGUGUUGUUGGUUUCUAUAAAUUGCAUAGAUAGUUAUUCCAGGUUUUAGAUUUCAUGACAGGUUAACACAAAUAGAAAUUAGACUUUUUUUCUUUUUCUUGUAGCAGGGCAUAUAAAGACAAUAUGAAAACAAAAUGCAGAAUCUCUUUCCAAUGUUGACACACAGGUAACUGCAGUUUGGCCAUACAUAAAAUAAAAACUGUAUAGACAGAAAAGAAACCUUGUGCAGGCAAGGAAGCUGCAUGCAUUAGGUGAAUAUAUGUGUGUAUUAUAUACAUAUAUAGUCAAACAAUUAAUAGAAUCAAUACAUCUUAGCUGCUUAAGGGUAUUGGGUGCUUUGUCAUAGCCGGAGAUUAACAAACUGAGUAUUCACAGAGCGUCCUGUUACUAAGAACCGCAAAGUGCUAUUUUAUUCCAAGAAAGCAUCUUGGGAAAGGUCCACAAGUAGAAUCUCAGCAUUUUAAUAUCAUAUUUUGUGGUAUCCAGUGAAGCUCAAUCAAUGUAUGGCUUUAUUUAAAUGGUAUAGUUACCAGAAUUCUAAAACAUGCAGUACAGCGGCGACGGCACCCCUAAUGUAUCUGGACCAUUAACAAAUCAUUGCCUUCACUCUUGUAGUUAUAGGUAUAUUUGCUUUUCGUGGUUCAGAAAGACCUCAUUCAACUAUUAGCACACAAUAUGUUUUUUUUUUUAUGGAAAACUGCAGUGACAUUCUGUCUGUUUUUAACAUGUGCUCAUUGUGUUCCCAUUGUUUAUGUAACAUUUUUGUACAUGCACACAUGAUGUUCAUUUAAAUCAUCUGCUGCCAGCUGUCUAGAAUGCAUUGUUUACCAACACACUACUAUACAAUGCUUGGUAAGAAUUGUCAACUGCCAAUCAUUGCAACUCCUAUUACCCUGAAAAAGUUUGAUGGCAGGAAUAUCUACAGCUGUGUAAACUGACUUACUCUGGUAUCUGAAAGAGGGCAGCUGGGUUUGAGAAGAAAACAUUAGGUUAUGUGUCCGCUAACAACCAGACCUAGGUCAAAAUCGUACCAAUUCGGAUAAAAUAACUGGGGGGAAUUUUUGUCAUCUGUUUGGUCUAAUUUUGCAAGUUGGGUCACAACAACUCCCUUUUUAGUAAAUAACCAAUAGGACUCGUUUCCAGGAUUGUUUUGGUUUACAGAUCUUGUUACUCAAAGGAUACCCCAGACACCAAUACCGAACAAAGCAAUUAUUAGAAGCAAACCCUAUAACAUACUGUGUUUUUGGCACUUUUUUUUUUUUCUUCCCAUUUCGAAUGGUAAGCAUCACAAUCUGCUUUUGACAUCUCAUUAUGAAUGGAGCUUAUUGUGCAGCAUAGUCAAACCAUGGUUUCCCAUUCAAAAUAAAAUAUAUAUAAUGAAAUAUUUCCGAUUUAACACAAACAGGCCGAGCCCUCUAUAGGUUAGAGUUAAAGGCAUUUUAAAUUUAAGAACUGAAUGCUCUCCUAUUCAGAUCCAGCUUUAAGCAUGAAGUAUGGCUCAUUACAGUUUACGGUAUUAUUCCAGUGCAUGCCAGAAGGAUAUACUACAUAGUCACAGAUCAUAUUGACAAAUUUCUUUAUCAGUAUACAUCUAGACCUUACUAAUGGACCACACAGGCUCCUGUAGUAUAUGCAUCAGUGGGAAAAAGCCCAACAUGAUUCACCACCCUAUGGUAAUGAGGGAGGUCAUAUUUACAGAUAUUUGAUGAAAUCUUAUGAGGAGGCUGCCUUAUAUUUAGUUGGACCUGUGUGUAUAGAGAAUUUGACAUUAUAUAGUAAGACAAAAUGAGAUUCGCACUCAUUACACAAUCAUAAGGAAAAAGAAAAAAAAAAAACCCUCUAAGAAUCUUAGUGAACCAGCUAGGAGGAUCAGAAAGGAAUACUGCCCCCCCUGCAGCUUGUUCCAAAACUCCCUGUACAGUGUGGGUUUCAGUGGUGGACUGCUAAUAACAUGCUUAGGGGGAACACUGCUCAAUAGAUGCUACAUUCUAGUCAUUCUACUAAAACUAUGUUUGAGAAGACAUUUGAGACACGUUACAUAUAUGCUUAGCCAUAUAGCUCUGAUUAAUCUUUUCGCUCCACGCAAAUAAUCUAUUGAGCAAUUACGUAUAGCUAAUGAAUAAAACAUUGUGUCCAUUGCCCUGUUGUUUUGCACAAUAGUGUCUUCACUUCUUCCUAUAAAUAUUUAUUACUUAACUUAUAUUGUUUUGAUUCUCGUCUCUUUACAAAAAAAAAAAAUAUAGUGUGUUUACAGCACUUAGGUGUGAGGUAUGCAUUAUUUCAAUCUCUUGUUGUUUGAAUGUGUUUUUUUUUUUUUUCUUCAGUGAUCAUUCAAGUUAUUUUUUCUUUAUUAAAUAAAAAGUGAAAAAUGAAA